AUGCAAGCGAAUGCAGAGCUAGAGCCCUCGGUGCACAUCCGCGAACUUAAGAAGGACCGAGUGAACUUCGUUCUCGAGAAUGUCGACCUUGCGUUCGCAAACUCCCUAAGACGGGUUAUGAUGGCCGACCUGCCGACAGUAGCGAUCGACACGGUAGAAGUGGUAUCGAACACUACGGUGUUACCGGAUGAGUUCAUUGCACAUCGGCUGGGAAUGAUUCCCCUGGUAAGCGCGAACUGCGACGAGGCAAUACGGGAGACGCGGGAAUGCACAUGCGACACCGCAUGUGAAUACUGCGCGAUACCACUCAGUCUGAAUGUUGCAUGUCAUGACAGUCGAACCCUCGACAUCACGAGCAACCACCUGCAAUAUGAUCCCUCCGUUUUCAAUCCACAGCAGGAGUCUGGAGCCGAAGGUGAAGAGCUGACAAAACGUGUGGAUAACUUUGGACAUCCCGUAGGCAAGAAUGAUCCAUCUCUCCCUCCAGUUCUCAUUGCAAAAAUCCGUAAAGGACAAGAGCUUAAAGUCAGGUGCCUUGCCAAACGUGGUUUAGCCAAAGAGCACGCAAAAUGGUCUCCCUGUUCUGCUGUUGCCUUCGAAUAUGAUCCGCAUAACAAACUCCGGCAUACUACGUACUGGUAUGAAACAGAUCCCCGUGCUGAGUGGCCUCUAUCAGACAAUGCUCGGGAAGAGGAGCCUCCGAGAGAUGACGAGCCGUUCGACUUCAAUGCGAAACCCCAACGGUUCUAUUUCGAGGUGGAGACAGAUGGCAGUUUAGGUCCGCAGGAAGUCGUGAUGAAGGUAAGUAAGCAUCCGUCAGCCUCCUGCCACUGCGCGGAGUCCCUUGAAUUUAUCAACAUGUAA